GACGAGACAGGACUAGAUAGUGACAGGAGCCGCACAUACAAACCGGCAGUGUUGGCUUGUUGCUGUUCAUUACACGAACCCAAACGCAGAAGCGAUGACGGGAAAAGCUGCUGUGGCCGUCGCACUUUUGUGCUUGUUGCAGGCCCUGCAAAACUGCAAUGGGUUUAUGAAGCCCAGGGAAAAACGUCAAGCUGAAGAAGCAGACGAACAGUCGGUGGACGAACUAUGUAAAAACCGUCCUCCCGACGAAUACUUCCGCCUGACCACCGAAGGCGAUUGCAGGGACGUUGUCAGGUGCGACCAAGCUGGCGAGAACGGCAUUAUCCGUCUCGCGGGCGUCCGGUGCCCACAAGGAUUAGCUUUUGACAUUGAACGUCAGACUUGCGAUUGGAAAACUCGAGUGAAAAAUUGUGACAAACUAGAUAAACCUAGAAAGGCUCUGCCUAAUCUGAAGACAGACGAACCGGUGUGCCCCAAGGACCAGCUGCAGUGCGGCAAUGGCGAAUGCAUCAAUAAAGAUUUGUUCUGUAAUGACAGGCCGGACUGCAAGGACGAGUCUGACGAGAAUGCUUGCAGCGUGGAGACCGACCCGAACCGAGCGCCAGACUGCGAUCCCAACCAGUGCGUUCUUCCCGAUUGCUUCUGCUCGGCCGAUGGUACCAGAAUUCCAGGAGGACUAGAACCCAGCCAGGUACCGCAAUUGAUCACCAUCACGUUUAACGGAGCCGUAAAUGUUGACAACAUGGAUCUGUACGAGGAACUGUUCUCCGGCACCAGGAUGAACCCCAACGGAUGUUCGAUCAAGGGCACGUUCUUUGUGUCGCACAAGUACACCAACUAUGCGUUCGUCCAGGAACUACACCGGAAAGGACACGAAAUCGCGGUGUUCUCGCUGACUCAUAAAGACGACCCUAAGUACUGGACGGGCGGUUCGUACGACGACUGGCUGGCCGAAAUGGCCGGCGCCAGACUGAUCACCGAGAGGUUCGCCAACAUAUCCGACGGCUCCAUCGUGGGCAUCCGGGCGCCAUACUUACGGGUAGGCGGCAACAAACAGUUCCAAAUGAUGGAGCACCAGUUCUUCGUAUACGACGCCUCCAUUACCGCCUCACUGGGACGAGUGCCCAUCUGGCCGUACACUCUGUUUUUCAGAAUGCCGCACAAAUGCAACGGUAACGCCCAAAACUGCCCCAGCCGAAGCCACCCCGUGUGGGAGAUGGUCAUGAACGAAUUGGACAGACGUGACGACCCCACGUUUGACGAAUCUCUUCCCGGUUGUCACAUGGUGGAUUCUUGUUCGAACAUCGCCACCGGCGACCAGUUCGGUCGCAUGCUCAGACACAACUUCAACAGGCAUUUCUCGACCAACCGCGCUCCUCUGGGUCUCCAUUUCCACGCUUCAUGGUUGAAGAGCAAAAAAGAAUUCAAAGACGAGCUAAUCAAGUUCAUAGAGGAGAUGUUGAAGAGAAACGACGUUUACUUUGUCAACAUGUUACAGGUUAUCCAAUGGAUGCAAACGCCCACCGAGUUGGACAACAUGAGGGACUUCACGGAAUGGAAAGACGAGAACAGCAAGUGUGACGUCAAAGGACAGCCCUUCUGCUCGCUGCCCAACCCGUGCCCUUUGACUACCAGAGAACUCCCAGGAGAGACGAUCAGACUGUUCAGCUGCAUGGAAUGCCCCAAUUACUAUCCAUGGAUUUUGGACCCGACCGGCGACGGUUUUUCUACUAGGAGGAAACGAAACAUCCACUUAAAUUUCAAAAACAAAAACAAGUUCGUCUAGUCGCAAUUCAACAACGUAAACUAUAAAAAUGAAGUUUAUAAUAAUAGUUAACACCUCAUAAAUUGUGAUUUUUGUAAUUAUUAUAUACAUCCUUUGUAAUAUGUUAAUGUUGAAGCGAAGAAACAACGAACUUAUAUCAUUUUUUUAAAAAAAUACAUUUUUUUUAUAUAACUAUGCGAGUACAAACGUAAGCCUAUAACCAUAGGUACUUAAAUUAUUUUUAAAUACAAUUUUAUUUCUAUAAUUUUUGUACACUUUUGUUAAUGUGUUUAAACUAUAAUCUUGUAUAAUGUACCUAUUAAUUAUUUAAGUAGUUGCAUAAAAAAAUCCAAUAAUAAAUAAUGUAUAAAAAAUAUACCUAUAAUAUGAUAAAAAAAUCUCGUUGGUAAAUAAUUGAUCCGAUAGUAAUUGAACUAACUUUUUGUUUUAAAUCAUAUCGAGGUCAAAAGUCAGUUGUCCUAUUGCUGAUCCGUUGUUCAUACUGAUAUGGUUUUAAUUUCACAGAAUUUAUUAAUUUUUCUAUUUUUAAAUAAUUAGACGAAAUAUACUCAGAUUUAAUUAUCAACAA